AUGACUAGAAGGUUGGAUCGAAAUCACAAUCACAGAAGUUUUGCCUCCGUCGCGGAUCUUGAAGCACUCCCUAGGGUGGGACAGCAGCUCCACGGCUUCACUUUGAAGCGCCUCAAACAAGUUCCCGAACUUGAAAUCACUGCCUUGCAUCUGCAACAUGAGAAGACAGGCGCCGAAUACCUCCACAUUGCGCGAGACGAUUCCAACAAUGUCUUCUCGAUCGGCUUCAAGACAAAUCCGCCUGAUGCAACCGGUGUGCCGCAUAUCCUAGAGCACACCACGCUAUGUGGUAGUAAGAGAUAUCCCGUUCGCGACCCCUUCUUUAAGAUGUUGCGUCGAUCACUGUCGAACUUCAUGAACGCUUUCACCUCCUCCGACCAUACGUCUUAUCCUUUCGCUACGACAAAUGCGCAAGACUUCAGAAACCUAAUGUCUGUUUACAUGGACGCCACACUACAUCCUUUGCUAAAAUCCAGCGAUUUCACUCAGGAAGGUUGGAGAAUAGGUCCGGCGAAUCCAUUGGCAGACACGAAUGAGACUGAUACUGCAAGCAAUGACUUAGUCUUUAAGGGUGUAGUCUACAAUGAGAUGAAGGGGCAGAUGUCGGAUGCGAGCUAUCUAUACUAUAUCAGAUUUCAAGACCACAUGUUUCCUGCCAUCAACAACUCCGGUGGCGAUCCUCAGCAUAUAACCAGCCUUACAUGGGAGCAGCUAAAGCAGUUUCACGCCGAUCACUACCACCCGAGUAACGCGAAGAUCUUCACUUAUGGAAAUAUGCCUCUAGUAGAGCAUUUGAAAGAAAUCAAUGAGCGCUUGAGCCCAUUUGAUCGGAUAGCUGUUGACAACGAUGUCAAGUCACCCAUCAGCCUAGAGGCUGGGCCACUGUACAUCACUGUGAAAGGACCAACAGAUCCAUUAACACCUCCGGACAUGCAGAACAAGACCUCCAUCUCGUGGAUUAUGGGAGACUCGACGAACAUAGUCGAGUCAUUCUCACUAGGCGUUCUCUCGUCUCUACUCCUGGAUGGUUACGGGUCACCUCUUUACCGCGGACUGAUCGAGACUGGUCUUGGCACUGACUGGAGCCCGAAUACCGGGUUUGAUAAUGCUGGUAAAACUGGGGUCUUCUCAGUUGGCCUCAACGGGGUCAAAGAAGACGACAUAGCCAAGGUCAAAGAAGCAAUAUUCGCCACAUUGGAAGAUGUCCGAGAGAAAGGCUUCGAUGAGAUCAAAGUGAAUGGUAUUCUACAUCAGUUGGAACUCGGCCUCAAGCACAAGACGGCGAACUUCGGGAUGGGUGUUAUGCAAAGGCUCAACACCGGGUGGUUCAAUGGAGUCGACCCUCUUGCAAGUCUAGCAUGGAACGAUACUGUUGCAGCUUUCAAGACAGAAUAUGCGAAAGGAGGGUAUCUGGAAGGACUUGUCGACAAAUACUUGUUGAACGACAGGACCCUGACAUUCACGAUGGAGCCUUCCGAAGUCUAUGGAACCGAGCUGGCGCAAGAAGAACAUGAUAGAUUGGCGUCAAAGAUAUUAGAGACAACGAAGAGCUUCAGCAGCGAGGAAGAUGCUCACAGAUAUCUCAAGGAGCGCGAGAUUGAACUUCUUGAAGUUCAAGAGAAAGCAAGAGGAGAAGACUUGAGCAGUCUUCCCACUGUUCAUGUGAAAGAUAUUCCAAGAGCGAAGGAGCAGAAGACUAUAAGAGAGUCUACAGUGGACGGUAUAAAAGUUCAAUGGCGAGAAGCAGAUACCAAUGGCCUCACAUACUUUCGCGGCGUUAACACUUUUGAUGGACUAUCGGACAGUCUACGAGAGUUGAUGCCGCUGUUUAGCGACUCCAUUAUGAGACUGGGCACCAAGGAUAAAUCCAUGGAGCAGUUGGAAGAACUCAUCAAGCUGAAUACUGGCGGCAUAAGUAUUGCAUAUCAUUCUGCGACGUCACCUAAUGACACUCAGACCGUUCAAGAGGGUUUGGCGUUUUCUGGUUAUGCGUUGGACCAGAACAUCAUCAUAGAGACAGAUUUCGAUAGUGUCGAGGCCGAAAGAAAGAUUCGACAGUUGCUUCAAGCGUCCGCCAGUGGAGCGAUCAAUUCUAGGUUCACAGAGGCUGGCUUGACUCCAGGCGGAAAGUUCGCUGAGCAGACAGGUGCUUCGAGAUUAGGAUCCGAGUCCUUUGGCGAUAUCAUUCGCAAGCUCAAGGCGAUCCAGUCAUUUGCAAUCACUAACACAAGCUCCCUACGCGUCGCUCUUACGUGCGGAAAAGAGAGCUCGACCAACAAUGAAGCAGCAUUGCAACACUUUCUCUCUUCGCUCCCACGCACAAGACAAAGUCUUGAGUCUACCCGCGCUCAACAGAGCUUUCCGCGCAACACCAAAUCGUUUUUCCCUCUUCCAUACCAAGUAUAUUACUCGGCCCUCGCCGUGCCCACUGUCCCGUAUGACCAUGUAUCAGGCGCUUCUCUUGCCGUCCUUUCGCAGCUCCUAACGCACAAACAUUUGCACCAUGAAAUUCGGGAGAAAGGCGGAGCUUAUGGAGGGGGAGCCUAUGCUUCUGCUCUCAACGGCGUAUUCGGAUAUUACAGCUACCGAGAUCCCAAUCCUCAAAACACGGUGAAGAUCAUGGGUGAAGCAGGUGCAUGGGCUCGUGAUCAGGAGUGGACGGGUAGUGAUCUGGAAGAGGCGAAGCUCAGCGUCUUCCAAAGCGUUGAUGCACCGAGGAGCGUGAGCGAUGAGGGCAUGUCACAAUUCUUGUCUGGUGUGGACCAAGACAUGCAGCAACGAAGGAGAGAACAGCUCUUGGACGUCAGUAAGCGAGACGUCCAGGAAGCGGCCGAAGAGUUCUUGGUGAAGAGAAUGGGGCGUGAAAGCAACUUAACAGUGUUGGGAGAGAAGAAGCCGUGGGUCAAAGCCGGAGAAGGGUGGGAGGUCCGGGAUCUGAAGAUGGUAGAGAAGGUCGAGAUGGCUGUCGAGCAGAUGGAAACUUCGGCGUCUGCGUAG